GAAACUGGGAAGGGCUGAAGAAGAGAGCCCAGGUAUAAAAGCACCACUAUCCCAUUCCAACGAAGUGUGAACAGUUUCCAGUAUUGAGUGAAGGUAAAGACAAGUUACAGCCGUCAUCAUGAGUCGCAGCCCAGAAAGGAUGUCUUCUUACCGCCGCCACUUCGAGGGCGCCCUUGCCUCCUCCUCUGCUUCCUACCAGGUGCGGGUUUCGAGCCCUUCACCGACCCGAAGGGAUGUACGUCACCGCUCUGCCAGCUACAGUCGCAGCGGUGGAACCAUGGGGAGGAGAAACCCCUCCAGCAGCCGCAAAUCCCGUAUGACCAGCAGUGUGAGUAUGGGGGCCCUGUGCUUAGGAAUGAACAUGGGCCUGGGGCCCAGCCUGGACCUGGAUGCAGCUGCAGCGGAGAACCAAGAAUUCAUGAGCACCCGCACCGGCGAGAGGCAGGAGAUGGUGGCCCUCAACGACCGCCUGGCUAUCUACAUCGAGAAGGUGCGUACUCUGGAGGGGCAGAACAAGCUGCUGGAGGCUGAGAUUGAUGCUCUGAAGAACCGCUAUAUGAAGCCGUCUGGGCUGAGACAGCUCUACGAGGGACAGCUGAGAGAGCUCCACCGGAUCGCGGAGCAGAUGAGAGUGCAGAGGGACCUGGCUGUAGCGGCCAAGGGGGCCAUGGCAGGACAGGUGGAGGUGCUCAAGGUCAAAUAUGAGGAGGCUCUUGAGGCCAGGAAGAAUGCAGAGUUGGAGAUCGAAGCCUUCCGCCCCGAUGUGGAUAGAGCCACCUCGGCCCGUAUCGGCCUGGAGAAACAGCUGGAGAACCUGGAGGUGGAGCUGGCCUUCCUGACCAGAGUUCACAAAGAGGAAAUUGAGGAACUGAUGCAGCAGAUCUACGUGGUGGUGGCGAAGGUGGACAUGACCUUUGCCCUUCCUGACCUCUCCUCCGCCCUCAAACAAAUCCAGUCCCAGUACGACAGCAUCGCUGCCAGAAACCUACAGGAGAUGGACACUUGGUACAAGUCAAAGUUCCAGGACCUGAACAAUGUGACAACCAAACACGUUCAAAGCGUUCGAAGUGUGAGAGAGGAAAUCGCAAGUUACAAGAAAGAUAGCUUAAACCUGGAGCGUGAGUUGGAGUCUAUGAAAACGAGAAAUGAGUCUCUGGAGGUUCAGAUUCGUGACGCUGUGGCGAGACACAAGAAAGAAGAGGAGACAAUGCGUGAGCGUAUUGAGGGGCUGAAGCUGGAGCUGAUGGUGAUGAAGGAGAAGAUAGCUCUGCUGCUGAGAGAGUACCAGGAGCUGCUCAACGUCAAGAUGGCCCUGGAGAUUGAGAUCACCACCUACAGGGCGCUGAUCGAAGGCGAGGACACCCGUCUCAGCACCAUGGUACAGAGCAUGUCCCUGGGUGGAGGAAGAGGUGUGGCCAUCAGAGCUAGCUCCACCUCUGCCUCGGUUAGCGCCGCCUCUGUCAGCGGAUACGGGGCCGGGCUGGGCAGAGCCCCUGGUAAUGGAUACGGAGGUACCAAAGAGGCCCCUGGUGGGACGGUGAUUUCACCAGAGAGCCAGACGGAGAGCUUCGAGGAACAGUCAGUGGAGAUGACUGAGCGGAAGACUCUUCUCAUCAGAACAGUUAAGACAGAUGACAUGUAUGAGAGCGACACACAGGAAUGCACCAUUACCAUCUCUGGAGCUGCUGACGACACAGACGAGGACUAG